CGUUGCUAACCGCACAUUGCGCGCUUUGACAGAUGCAUUUGAUGACAUUAGAAGGGUGAAACAAAAUCGCCCGACUGCAUAGCAUAUUCAGCGCAUUUCCGAGGACAUAAUUCGUGUGUAAAAUGUUGCCAGUGAGGUACGGUUGGGCUACCAGAUGGCGAGUGAUAAUACGUUAUUAUAGCACGAAAAGUGUACCCAAAACUGAGAUCAAAUACACCAGCACUAUUAAUUUGCCGAAAACGAAGUUUCCGGCCCGAUUGAGUACGGAAAAACGAACCGAAGUUGAGGAACACUUGCGCAAGACCUGCUUGAGUGAACUGUACAGUUGGAACCGGACCGCUUUGCCUGCAGAGAAAGAAUUUAUCCUCCACGAUGGACCACCAUACGCAAACGGCGACCUGCACAUGGGCCAUGCGGUGAACAAAAUCUUGAAGGAUCUUAUACUGAAGCAUAAAAUUAUCAGCGGUACACGAGUGCACUAUAUUCCCGGUUGGGAUUGUCACGGAUUGCCGAUUGAAUUGAAAGCACUGGAAGCAUUCAAUCGCAAGAAGCGCAAAAUUCCGGGCGAAGGUCAUAAAACGGAAAAUGAAAUUCGUAAUACUGCCCGCCGCUUUGCUCUGGACACAAUCGAGAAACAAAAAAAUGGUUUCGAAUCCUGGGGUGUAACGGGGGCCUGGAAUGUCGACCAAGGAUACUAUCGUUCGCUCGAUCCAUCGUACAUUAGCGCCCAGCUAAGGUUAUUUAGCGAGCUGUACGAACGAAAGCUAAUCUAUCGCGAUUUGAAACCCGUGUAUUGGUCUCCCUCAUCACAGUCAGCUUUAGCAGAGGCAGAGCUAGAAUACGAUGAGGCACAUCAAAGUCCAUCAUUGUACUUAAAACUAGCCUUGGAAAACCGUGGUGUUAGUUGUCCCACCAUUGAACAGUACCGACUGGCAGGCAAACAGGUACACGCCGUGGUAUGGACUACUACUCCCUGGACUUUACCAGCCAAUCAGGCAGUGUGCUACAAUCCCGCACUGGAUUACAGCUUAGUGCAAUCGUCCGCCGGGGAAAUACUGCUAAUUGGAAAAGACUUGAUAGAUUAUUUAGGUACACAGUUGGAAACUUCGCUUUCGCUACUUGAAACCAUUCCGGAAACAGAGCUGCAAUUUUUAAAAUAUCAUCACCCGUUAGACAAGCAGAAAGUAUUGCCAUUUUUGCCCGCAUCGCAUGUCAAAGCGGAAAAAGGAACCGGACUGGUACACACUGCUCCAGCACAUGGACCGGAAGAUUUUCUAGUGUGCCUUGAGCGAAAGAUAACCACUGAGAGUCUCAUCGACGAACGCGGGUUGUACAAUGAACGUGCCCCUAAGUUCCUGCAAGGUCAAUACGCGCUCACGCAGGGAAACAAAUUGGUGACAGAGGCUGUGAAGGAUGCGAUCCUGAAGCUGGGCACUAUUGUACACUCCUACCCAAUCGAUUGGCGCACAAAGCAACCGGUUUUACUACGUGCCAGCGAUCAGUGGUUUAUCGAUACCAAUCGCCUCAAGCAACGGGCUUUGGAGGAGAUUAAUGCGGUCGAAAUUUAUCCACCCACUUCCUCGGAGGUGAGCAAAAAAGUGAUUGAAGGACAGCUUAGAAAACGACCAUACUGGUGUAUUUCGCGACAGCGUGCAUGGGGUGUACCGAUUCCAGUGCUUUAUGAUACCGUGACAAAGGAACCGAUUGUUAGCAAAGCUUUGGUUGCUAUUAUCAACGAUCGUCUAAUGAAAGAGUCAUCGAUCGAUUUCUGGUGGACGGCUUCGGUGGAAGAGCUAGUGCCCGUAGAGCUACUGCAACAGCUCGAUACAAGCCACGACAGGUUAGAGAAAGGGAAGGAUAUUCUCGAUAUAUGGUUCGAUUCCGGCGUAUCGUGGUUGUCCGUGUUAGGCAAAGAUCGUAUCGCCGACCUAUAUCUCGAGGGGAUAGAUCAGUUUACCGGAUGGUUCCAAUCGUCUCUGCUUACCAGCGUGGCCGCACGAGGAAAGGCACCGUACAAAGCUAUUUUUGUCCACGGAUUCGCUGUGGAUGAAAAUGGUAUGAAAAUGUCCAAAUCGCUUGGCAACGUAAUCUGUCCGAAACAAAUUGCCCGACAGUACGGUUGUGAUGCAUUACGCUGGUGGGUUUGUGCACAUGCCACACAAAAUACGUCCAUUCCUGUAAGCCACAAGCUGCUGGGCACGUCUGCCGAAAAUGUACAAAAGCUGCGGGGAAUUUUGAAAUUUUUGCUCGGAGUAGUAGCACCGGAUGGAACGAAUGGAGGGAGAAAGGAAGCGAUACAGCAGGAUCUUCUACAUCACGUCGAUCGUUUUUACCUACAGCAGUUGGAAGCUUUCCAUCGCAACGUGUUUGCACUGUAUGAUUCGUACCAGCACAAUAAGGCGACUGCAAUAAUUCUUAACUUCUGCCAAUCGACACUAUCCGGGUUGUAUUUACAUGUGAUCAAGGAUCGGUUGUACUGUGGCUCAAGCGAAGAACACAACAAUCUGAAAGCGAUCCUCAAUUAUACUUAUCGCACAUUAUCCAAAGUAUUGUGGCCGAUCGUUCCAUUUCUGGUUGAAGAAAGUUGGUCAUUCUAUGAGAAAGAUCAUUUCUACAAAGCAAAUCAACAAACGCCUAAUGUUGCUCUGCCUUCUGCUUCACAAUCGGUGCCCGCUGUUGAGUGUGCACUCGAUCUGCGUCACGUCGUUUAUCAGCAGGCACAACUGAACGUGAACACCUGGCUGUUAGAAGUCACGGUAGAAUGUAACGAUAACGAUCUUGCGCUCCUAAUGAUGCUGCAUCCAAGCUUGAACAAAUGUGAAACCUCGACAGAACUAUGUGAAUUACUACAGGUCGGUUCCGUAACGCUCCGUAAAGCGGUCGGAAGUGAACAUCGAUUCACGGUAACCGUCAACAAAUCGGACAAACCUCUGUGUCAGCGUUGUCGCAGAUAUUUAGUUUCGCAGCUGGACGAUAAGACCUUUCCAAUCUGUGCACGGUGCAAUGCAGUGCUGACACAACGGCGGGAAUGAUUUUUGUAAAUGAUUGAUGCGCGAAAAAAGAAAAGGCUGCGUUAACCUACCGGCUAUAAAAUGGUGAAAUGUUUGUGAUUUAAGUAAGUAUGUACAAUACGCUGUUGUGUCUGUUCAGAGCCAUAGAAGAAAAAAAACCUGGACAUUAAUACAGAUAUUACAAUCCAGCACUAGCGUUUAAUCGUGGUGUUUCUUGAUGGAAGAGGCGACAAGAAUGCACGAGGAGAUUUACAAAACUCAGUAACAGUAAAAACAAAUCCUUUCAUUCUAAAGUUUCAACCAAAACUCACUAUACGCAAAACAGAAAACGAACACGAAAUUAACAAUAACCCUUUACUACACUCGUUAGAGAAUCUAAAACUUAGCCUUUACGUGCAUUGAGUGUGUGAAUGGAAAUAGAGAGCGCAUUGGCCAAAAAUUACCUCCACAAGCUAAACGAUAAAACCAUCUGACUCCAUGCAUAGCUGCCACAAUCGCUCCGGGACACGUUGGGGAGUGAAUAAAAUGCGGACGAAAAAAAAAGAGAUGAUGUACGCUAAAGAUGCAAUAGAUGAUACCGCAGAUAACAUGUGCUACGUGUUUUUAACGAAGUAGCG